UUGGUACAGAUUGGUCACACUAAUACUUCAGCUGAAAUAGGAUGGAUAUUAAGUAACUGAGAACUAGUAUAGCACUAAAUAUGUUGUGCAGGCGCUCAUCGUUAGCCCUGACCUCCAGAUGCCUUCGCCUUUCGUCCACUGGUCCGUCGAAAAAUGACCAGGCCGCCAGCCUCUUGCCCGCCUACUCGGAAGCUGAGCGGCAAAAGAUCCUGCUGGCCAUAAACGAAAAUGGCACGGAUGACAUGAUCAGCUACGACAUUACCAAGGCGAGGGCCACCAAGCUGCACAACUGGAAGACCCGCCACGGUCCGCUACAGGAGCUCAGUGACAUUCUGUACGUGGAAGGGUUCGGCCUGAAGGCCGCUACCAAGUUCUUCAAAAGUGUGCUCGUGCCGUUGGAGAGUAGAGGCAUUGGAUCCGUGAAGAAGUCAAAGGCAGCGCGAGUGGCACCCUUCAUAACACCGUCCAUGGACGAGGGGCAGCGGCAACGAAUAGCUUCUGCCGUGGGCGUGCGUAUCGGGGUGACCAGUGUUAGCUGGGCGCGAUUAGAGAUCGCCAGCAACGAUGAACCCUGCCUUCUCACCCAUUGGCACCACCAUGAGCUUAACGACAAGAAGCUGCACUUGUCAGAGCUUUGCCGCCGCUGCCUUUAUGUCUCCCAUCAGAUACCGCAGGCCGACUGCUACGUCCUAGAGAGUCCACAGAUGGCGCAGGCCAGCAGCAAUCCCGGCAGCAUCGAUCAACAGAACGUUAACAUCCAGAAAGCCCAGGUAGCCGCCAUCAUGAGCUACUCAUUGAUGGCCCGGUCGGAUGAAAAUAAGGCCAAUAACCUCUUCUACAUGCGCCGGUUUCUCUCAGCCCGUCUCUUCAAUCACCUGGUGGGGACUGAGCGAGUGUCUUCGGAAGACACAAUAUUGGCCAUGAUGCGGACUCAUUACAACGUGGAACAUCAGCUCCCCGGAACGGAGUCCCCGAUGAGUCUGCGCCAACAGGUUCACUUUCCCGCUGACCUGCGGCUUAUUUUCGCGCAACAGGAGCGCUACCAGCGCGAGCUCUUGGGCCAGGCCUUUUUACUUAGUUUAGCCUUUACCCGCCUUGUUCUCUUGCAAGAUGCGCAGAGCAUCGCUCGGGUGACCCGGAAUGCUAAGAGCUCCGCUCUGAGCCAGACAGCUUGCGAAGCUAGUGCAUUGUAAUGUUAUAAAUUCUCAUUAAAUUGUACUUUUGUACUUCAGUUUUCCACGCA